CCGCACCGCCUCCGAGGCGGCCGCGGGGCCGCUGCGAGGGCACCGGGCGGGCGCCUCCCGGAGCCGCCCUCCGCCCCAGAGGCCCGCCGGGAGGGGCCGCGGCGGCACGCGAUGGCGGCGCCGCGGGUGCUCGCCCUCCUCGUGGCGGCGGAGGCUGCCAGCACUGCAAAGGCAACUGGCGCAUGGGCCACCGCGAGAUCUGCGCAGGCUGCCAAGAACGUGCCCGAGCACGUGCCGACGGAGAUGCCCGACGACAGGUUCCCCGGGCCCGACUCCGCCGCCACCGACAGGAGCUGGCCCAGCGGGCAGCAGCCCAAGCGGCUCGCCGCCUGGCCACAGACCUGGGACGGCAACGGCACGAGAAAGCUGGAGCGCUGUUGGAAGGUUACGGUGUUGCAGGACGAAAAGCUGGGGUGGCCGGGCGCUUGCCUGAAGCUGUUCGGGCCGCCCUACACGUCGAAGGUCACGAGCGAGGAGUUAUGCCAGGACAAGAUUUGCAUGUACGACGCCCGAUGCGCCGUGUGGCAGUUCGUCAACCAGACAACCCCAGGCCAGUGCUGGGUGGGCUAUGGCGAGGACUGCAUCUGGCGCGACGGCGAGGCGGACAAAAUCUCUGUGCAGGGAGCGCAGCGGCUCAUGCACGGAGAGGUCCGGGUUCUCAAGAACUUGACCGGCUGGAAAAUCAACAAUCUGUACAACAUUCCCAUGCACCACGAGGGGAACGUCGAUGUCAGCAUUUUGCGUUGCAAGGCAUGGUGCUACUCCUCGAUACACUGCGAGUACUGGCAGUACGGGCCCGGCGGCUGCUGGGUGGACGCCCCUCUCUUCACGACGGCCAGGGGCACCGACCCGGACAAGCGGGUGCAGUACCCCAUGACGACCAACGGAGGCUGCAACAACCACACACCAGAGGCGGCCGCCAUGAUGUGGGGCGAGUACAUCCAGCACUACUGCCCACCCCAAGAAGCGCCCCAAGCAGAGGAGGAUGAGCCCAAGUUGACCCUCGGGGCGGCGGCGGUUGCGCAGCCGGCGCAGGACGGCGUGCUGGGCAUGCCCACGUGGGUCAUGGUCGAUCCGACGGGUCCGCGCGGAUACUCCUCGGACUGGCCGCGUGCCUUGUCCUGUGCAUCUACACGAUGUCUCAACAGGGUGCCGGCGGAUCUGGCUCAAGGCGAGAGACUUCGAAGACUUCCCGCGGAAUGA